AUGUGCGACGUCCCCUUCUUCCCCAUCCUUCCCAUCUGCUUCCAAUGUGGCACCGACCAGAACCCAUGCCACUGUAAGGUCGUCGGGCCGACCCUCGGUAUGUGCCCCGUGCCCAACCCUGGUCAUUUGAACCCGAAGGAGGACAUACUAACAUCAGCAGGAUUCUGUGCAACGGUUGUCUCGGCAGUCUUCUGCUGGCCUCUUUCGAUCUUCUGUGGAUGUGGUUGUACAAAAGCCGGUAAAGAUAUGCUGGGAUAUCCGGUGAAACUGAAUGGGCAAGUCAGUAAUGCCAUUCCAUUUUGA